AGGGCGGCGGGAUGGCGAGUGGAGCAGAGCAGGGAAAGGCCACGAUGAACAAGAAGAACUCUUCGUUGCCGGUUUUGCUUGGUAAGCGGGUUCUACUGAGCAACACAAAGGAGAACAGCCAACCUGACCAGAAGAAGAUGCGGAGGGACGUGGAGCCAGUCAAACCCAAGGCAGCAGCCACCGUUACCUUUAGCAAGAGGCCUGUUGUUGCAUCCACCAGGCCAACACUGUCCAAGCCAGCACCCAUUCGAAAAGCUUCCACUGUUGCUGCUGGUCCUUCCAGAGCCCUAGGUAGAGCAAGCCAGCAGCGCCCUUCGGACCUCAAGGGCAAGGUCAGCAAUACAGAUGGCAAGAGUCACAACAAGGUCAAGACGGUUCACCAGGAGAACAAGGAGCUAAAGGGUUCAGUUGCCCAGAUGCAGCAGAGAGGGGCGGAGCUGAAGCAAGAAUUGGACAAACAGAGAAAUUUGAUCAGUGAGUACGAGGUGGAGCUGAAGGCUUUGUUAGGGGUCAAGGAGGAACUGGAAAAAACCAUCAGUGACAAGAACAACCUCCAGAGGGACCUUUCCAACCUGCAUGACAAGUACAAGGCCAUGGAGACCCUCCGAGAUAGCCAGGAGUUGGAGCUUCAGACUCUCAAGAUGAAACUGUCAGUGCAGGAGUCCACUUUGGCCCAGCUCCAGGCCACCCUCAGAGACAGGGAAGAAGAUAUCCGGUCUUUCCAGGAGACCGUUGGCAACCAGAGGGAUGCAAUCCAUGCUGGCGAGCUAGAGCGCAGGCAGCUCCACAACACCAUCCAGGAACUCAAGGGUAACAUCAGGGUGUUUUGCAGAGUUCGCCCUCAGGUAGGAGGAGGCCUGAGUGAGCACAUCCAGCUCCCUGGCAGUGACAACAAGACGACGUUGACGCUAAUAAAGACUGAGGAGUCUCAUACAGGCCAAGCGGGAGACACUCAGAAGAAAUACAACUUCACAUUUGACAAGGUGUUUGGACCCCAUGCUUCCCAGCAGGAGGUCUUUGAGGAGAUCUCACUGCUGGUGCAGUCGGCGCUAGACGGCUACAAUGUUUGCUGCUUUGCCUAUGGCCAGACAGGGAGCGGCAAGACCUACACCAUGGAAGGAGGAGACCUGGAGGAGACCGGGGGGGUCAUUCCCCGAGCUGUGCAGCAGGUCUUCAGGGCUUCCAAGACGCUGAGGGAGCAAGGCUGGGAGUUCUCCUUCACGGUGAGCUUUCUGGAGAUUUACAAUGAGACCCUGCGAGACCUUCUGUACACUGGCAUGGCCAGCAAGAGGCCGGAGCUGGAUAUGCGCAAGUCAACCAAUAACGAGGUGACGGUCACCAACAUCAACUACAAGAAGGUCACCUCUGAGGACCAGGUGUUUGCCUUGAUUGACUUGGCAAAGAAGAACCGUUCUACAGGACAGACCAACCUCAACGACUGCUCUUCUCGCUCCCACUCGGUCUUCAAGCUGGACAUAGAGGGCGAGCACGCCGGCAGGGACAUCAAGUGCAAGUCCUCUCUGUGCCUGGUGGACCUGGCCGGCAGUGAGCGCAUGGUGAAGAGCCAGUCUCAGGGGGAGCGUUUCAAAGAGAUGACGGCCAUCAACGGCUCCCUGUCUCACCUGGGCAUCGUCAUCACCGCCCUGGCCAACAAGGAGAGUUAUGUUCCAUACAGGAACUCCAAGCUGACCUACCUGCUGCAGGGCUGCCUGGGGGGAAACAGCAAAACCCUCAUGUUCGUGAACAUCGCUCCAGAGCCGGACAACUUUGGAGAGACGCUGAACUCUUUGAGGUUCGCGUGCAAGGUGAACAACUGCGUCAUUGGGACCGCUAAUUCCAACAGGAAGUAG